ACAUCACUUCCGGCGGCUGGAACGCAGAGCUGACAGUGCUGAGACGCAAGUCAUUUCCGGCUGCGGGGAGAGGCAGUAAAACAGAUGAGAGGAAGCUUCCCUGCAACACCCGGAGUACAUCUCAGAGACGACAGCCCAUCCCCCCACAUCAGCAUGGAUCACGGGACCGUCAUAGAUCUCACCCUGGAGAUCCUCUACCUGCUGACCGGAGAGGACUAUGUCGUUGUAAAGAAGCUCGACUCCAACAGAACCCGUCCGCCUGUAUCCGGAGGAUCCUGCAGAACUCGGAGCCCGGCGACGGCUAAAGGAAAGAACCAGCAGAAGAUCCUGGAACUGACCAAUAAGAUCACUGAGCUGCUGACAGGAGAGGUUCCUAUAAGGUGUCAGGAUGUCACUGUCUAUUUCUCCAUGGAGGAGUGGGAGUAUUUAGAAGGACACAAGGAUCUCUACAAGGACGUCAUGAUGGAGGAUCCCCACACCCUCCCGGAUCCGGAUAAAUAUCUGUACAGAAGUACACCAUCGGCAUCGCCUUCCUCCGUCACCGAGAAAUAUCAGAGGGAGGCGACACCAGAAAGGGAUGUCCUAUCUCAGGUAUGGAGGACGGAGGAUGAGGGAGGAGCGGACGACACGCGGAUUGGAGGGACAGUCAAGGACUUGCCUUCAUCUCAGGUAUGGAGGACGGAGGAUGAGGGAGGAGCGGACACAACGCGGAUUGGAGGGACAGUCAAGGACUUGCCUUCAUCUCAGGUAUGGAGGACGGAGGAUGAGGGAGGAGCGGAGGACACGAGGAUUGGAGGGACAGUCAAGGACUUGCCUUCAUCUCAGGUAUGGAGGACGGAGGAUGAGGGAGGAGCGGACGACACGCGGAUUGGAGGGACAGUCAAGGACUUGCCUUCAUCUCAGACACAAUCGAUGGGCCGGGAUGGUCCCACACCUCCCAAUCACAUCUUGUAUACCUCCACUAUGACAUAUGACGAGGCCUGUGAAGAGGACAACCUAUCGGAUGCCUACAAUUCCGUGUCUCCGGAAGACACGCCGUGCCGGUUGGUGUAUAUUAAGCAGGAACCCGUCUCGUGUGAGGAGGAAAAUCUGACGGACAACGAUUGUUCUAUCCCUGCAGAUGGGAUGCAGGAGGACCUGUAUAGUCAGGGCCGAUAUUCCUCCAUGUACAUCGGGGCCUUGGACAAUGAGGUCUACACUCCGGCAGACUACUUAUCGGGGUGUAAGGAGGAGCCUCUGUCCGGGGAAGACGACCAUUUCCCGGACGUGUAUGGCGUCUUGGAUCGCACACAAGGAGGACAAUGCGGGAAUCCCUUCUAUUUCAGCACCAAGUCUGUCAAAACCGAAAAACUUUCCCCGUACACAUGUGACUUCACUGAGGCCCCGCCCCUCUUUGUGCAUCCGCGGGCGCCCAACAAGGACACCUCUUACGUCUGCGCCUAUUGUGGGAAAUGCUUUGCCUAUUACACGCAUCUCAUGACCCAUCAGAGGAUCCACACCGGAGAGCGGCCCUACGCCUGUUUCCAUUGCGGGAAACGCUUUGCCCACAACUCAACCCUGGUGACCCAUCAGAGGAUCCAUACGGGAGAGCGCCCCUACGUCUGCUUCCACUGCGGCAAAUGUUUCACCAAGAAGUCCAACCUCACCACCCACAACCGCAUCCACACCGGGGAACGCCCCUAUUCCUGCGCCAAAUGCGGAAAACGCUUCGGCAGUAAAAGUCACUUCAACCGCCACGUCAAAAUUCACAAGAGAGACUCCGGCUGCUUCUAGAUGGACAAUCGCUGGUCUUGGUGCACAAAGCCCCCCGGGAAGUUAGGACAGUCUGUAGUGAUUAUACGGGACGUACCUGAUAUGGCGCCACAUGGACGGGUAAUGACGGCACAUAGCCACAGAAAUCUCUACUGAUGGUCAUAAAUAUGGUAUGAUCCAUUCAUAGCUAUGGUACGGUCCAUUCAUGAAUAUGGUAUGAUCCAUUCAUAGCUAUGGUACGGUCCUUUCAUGAAUAUG